UGUGGGGCCCGCUCUACGGGGGGACGCUCCCUUUGCUCUCCAGCAGCAGCAGGAGCAGCAGGAGCAGCAGCAGGAGCAGCAGCGGCAGCAGCAGCCGCAGCAAGAGGAAGCAAGAGGAACAGCAGCAGAAGCAGCAGCAACAGCAACAGCAACUGCAGCAGCAGCACAGAAAGAUGAACGGGCUUUCGGGUUUGCCUCUGCCCCCAGAGGCUGCUGCCGUAAGAGGUCUUGCUGCUGCUGCUCCUUUUGCUGCUCCUGCAGGGGCCGGCGCUGCUGCAGGCCCUGCAGCUGCAGCAGCAGCAGCAGCAGCAGCAGACCCGUUUGUGUCGAUGCUGCGUCCGCUGCAGCACUGCAUAAAGGAGCUUUCAGAGUCGUGUGCCUGCUGCCGUGGCAACCCCCAGCAGCAGCAACAGCAGCAGCAGCAGCAGCAGCAGCAGCAAUGGCAGCAACGGCAGCGUAGGCGAGCAUUUGGGUGCUGCUGCCGCAGCUCGCAGCAGCAGCAAUUGAGGCAGCGCAUGCAAAGCACUCUAUCGCUGCUGAAGCUGCUGCUGCAAGUCGAUGCUCUCGGCUACAAACUGCAGCAGAAGUUCUCUCACCUGCUCCCCCCAGCAGCAGCAGCAGCAGCAGCAGCAGCAACAGCAGCAGCAACACCCGCAAGAACAGCAGCAGACUACAGGCAGAUGCAGGAGGAACUAACCGCCACUGGGCUUCUCUCAGAAGGCCAAUACCGCUCGCUGCGGUGUCUGCUGGCAGUUCGCCUCUGGCUGCAGCAGCAGCAGCAGCAGCAGCAGCAACAGGACGAAGCAGCAGCACUGGGCCGCGGGGAUUUCGCUGUAACUGCUGCAGACUUUCAGCAACAACUUUCUGUUAGAGGCUGUGCCGCAGCAGGAAGUUGCUUCUAUCAUGCGGAUUGGCCAUACGCCUCCCCGUCUCAGGAGCCGCAGCAAGUGCAGCAGCAGCUGCUGCUGGCAGCAACGGACGCUGCUGCAGCAUCAGCACCUGCAGCAGCAGCAGCAGCAGCAGCAGUGUGUCCUUCAGUGGCUGCAGCAGAUAGAAAUGCAGCGAGGUGCCUGUACACCUCAAUUUGGCGUCGGGGAAUCGAACCAGGAGACACCGGAGGCACUGGCAGCAGCAGCAGCAGCAGCAGCAACAGCAGCAGCAGCAACAGCAGAUUGUUGAUGGGUGCUGACGCCUCAACACUUGGGAGACAAGGAGAGGGAAAGCCGCAGCGCGGUUUGCUGCAGUACACCUCCAACUUAAUCCUUAGCAGCAGCAGCAGCAGCAGCAGCAGCAGCAUACCUGAGACAGACCCGAGCAUUAUCAGCAGCCCCCCUCCCAGCACCAGCAGCAACAGCAGCAGCAGCAGCAGCAACAGCAGCAGCAGCAGCAGCAGCAGGUACGGGUUGUGCAGCAGCCACUACCUGAUGGGUUUAGAAGAGGAAGCAGUUUUUGGUUUCGUCGUCGGCAAUUUGCGGGCUGUCUUCGCAGUUGCAGCAGAUUGGGAAGAUGCUGCUUUUGCUGUUAUCCACGCACUCCAUGAGGAAGUCUCUAGUAGUUUGGUUGGCUUGCUGCGGCAGCAGCAACCCCACGGCCUCUUCUGGGGCGAAGUUGGUGCUGUGUCAGCAGCACCUGCAGCAGCAACUGCAGCAGCAACUGCUGCUGCAGCGGCAGCAGCAGCAGCGUCGCUCGGCAACUCGCAGGUGGUUGUCUCGCCACGUAAGCGCUGCGAUAUGCUGCAGCAGCAGCAGCAACAGCAGCAGCAGCAGCAACAGCAGCAACAGCUGGAAGGUUGGUGCGGCAAGGACAUCGUGAAGCUGCUGCCGCGAUUUGCUGCAGUUGUUGCUGCAGCAGCAGGAGGGCAGGCGGAGGAUCUGUUGCCUCGCCAAGAGAUGCACCAGCAAACAGCAGCAGCAACAGCAACAGCAGCAGCAGCAGCAGCAGCAGCAGCAGAUCUGCCUGCACCUGAGGCUCUGGACAAGGCCUUUGCAGCUAUCAUCUUUCGCUCGCUGAGAAAUCUGCCGCUGCUGUCUCAGUCUCUCUGCAGCAGCAGCAGCAGCAAGCAGCGGAUAGCAGCAGAACAUCAUGACUCCUUUCGCAUGCUGCAGCUGCAGCUAAUUGCUGCGUACCUGGAGAUGCCGAUUGCAUCCCUCCGCUGCCCCAGCCCUGCAGCAGCAGCAGCAGCAGCAGCAGCAGGAACAGAAGCAGCAGAAGCAGCAGCAGCAGAAGCUGAAGAAGGGGUCCAUACGCUUGAGUUGCUUCAGCAGCUACAGCAACUCGUCAGCAGCGGCGCUACCGUCUGCUGCAGCAGCGACGGGGACAAAGCCUUCUUGAGCUACAGCAGCGUCAAUGCGGAGGUGCAGCGAUUUGCUGCGCUGCUGCUGCGCGCCCUGCGUGAGAUCGGCCUCCAGCAGCAGCAGCAGCAGCAGCAGCAGCUCCAGGUGCUGCAGCAGUUUUCUGCUGAAGAGCCAGUUGUUUUGCUGCCUCACAGCCUUUUCACCAU